CGGUCAUGUUGUCUGGACGCAGUACAACGUGUGUUGUUGGCACUGCUGUGAAACCUGUACUUCGAUUUUUAAAAAACUGAGCAAUACAGACCAGAUGGGUUACCGUUAUUUCUGUUUGUCCAAUGGAAGUGACAGGACGCUGACUUGACUCCCGCUGAGGCUCAAGGAGAAAAUAUUUCUGACACGUUAAAGUUGCGUGCUCACCCGUAGCUCCGUCCUUCUUUCCCAGCGCAACUUUGAACUGUCUCAAGAGGAACCAACUUUUCCAGGUAAAAAUGUCUGUGAGCAAUCAUGAGAACCGGAAGUCGAGGUCAAGCUCGGGGUCGAUGAACAUCCAGCUGUUCCACAAGGCGUCCCACGCGGACAGCCUGCUCACGCAGCUGAACCUACUGCGCAAGCGGCGGGUCUUCACGGACGUGGUGCUGCAGGCGGGGCACCGGGCCUUCCCCUGCCACCGGGCCGUGCUGGCCUCCUGCAGCCGCUACUUCGAGGCCAUGUUCAGCGGCGGGCUGAAGGAGAGCCGCGACGCCGAGGUCAACUUCCACGACUCCCUUCACCCCGAGGUGCUGGAGCUCCUGCUGGACUACGCCUACUCCGCCCGCAUCAUCAUCAACGAGGAGAACGCCGAGUCCCUGCUGGAGGCCGGCGACAUGCUCCAGUUCCACGACAUCCGGGACGCGUCUGCCGAGUUCCUGGAGAAGAACCUGCACCCCUCCAACUGCCUGGGCAUGAUGCUUCUGUCGGACGCCCACCAGUGCGAGCGGCUCUACGAGCUCUCCUGGAGGAUGUGCCUGGCCAACUUCGCCUCCCUCUUUAAGACCGAGGACUUCCUCGGCCUGCCCAAGAACAAGGUCCAGGAGCUGAUCUUCAGCGAGGAGCUGGAGGUGGAGGAUGAGAGCCUGGUGUACGAGGCCGUCAUCGACUGGGUGAAGGCGGACGUGGAGCGGAGGAUGGUGGACCUCCCCGAGCUGCUCCGCUGCGUCCGGCUGGCCCUGCUGCCGGAGUCCUACCUGCUGAAGAACGUGGCGUCGGAGGAGCUGGUGAUGAGCCACAAAGUGGGCCGGGAGAUCGUGGAGGACGCGGUCCGCUGCAAGAUGAGGAUCCUGCAGAACGACGGCGUGGUCACGGGCUUCUGCGCCCGGCCCCGCAAGGUGAGCCAGGCCCUCCUGCUGCUGGGCGGCCAGACCUUCAUGUGCGACAAGGUCUACAUGAUCGACCACAAGACUAAGGAGAUCACGCCCAAGACGGACAUCCCCAGCCCCCGAAUGGAGUGCAGCGCCUGCGCCAUCGGCUGCAAGGUCUACGUCACGGGCGGCCGGGGGUCCGAGAACGGGGCCUCCAAGGACGUGUGGGUGUACGACACCCUGCACGACGAGUGGUCCAAGGCCGCGCCCAUGCUGGUGGCCCGCUUCGGUCACGGUUCGGCCGAGCUCGACCACAUCCUCUACGUCGUGGGCGGGCACACCUCCCUGGCCGGCUCCUUCCCAGCCUCCCCGUCGGUGUCGCUCAAACAAGUCGAGCAGUACGACCCGCAGACCAACAAGUGGACCCUGGUGGCGCCUCUGCGGGAAGGGGUGAGCAACGCUGCCGUGGUCGGGGCCAAAAACAAGCUUUUCGCCUUUGGGGGCACCAGCGUCAACCGGGACAAGUUUCCCAAGGUCCAGUGUUUCGACCCGUGCCAGAACCGGUGGUCGGUGCCCGCGGUGUGCCCCCAGCUCUGGCGCUACACGGCAGCGGCAGUGGUGGGCAACCACGUGGUGGUGAUUGGUGGAGACACGGAGUUCUCCGCCAGCUCGGCCUACCGCUUCAACAGCGAGACCUACCAGUGGUCCAAAUUCGGUGACGUCACCGCGAAGAGGAUCAGCUGCCACGCGGUGGCAUCCGGGAACCGGCUGUACGUGGUGGGGGGCUACUUUGGGGCCCAGAGAUGUAAAACGCUGGACUGUUAUGACCCCUCCACAGACACUUGGGACAGCAUCACCAGUGUGCCGUACUCUUUAAUUCCCACUGCAUUCGUCAGCACCUGGAAGUAUCUGUCUGCCUAAACAGGGAGGGCAGCAUACAGUUGAUGAGCAGCCUAGUCUGGAAUGCGGGUGUGUGUCUCCCCUGGUCGGUUGCGGAAUGCUGUGGGGUGGAGAAUUGGGGGGGGCGGGGGUUUUGGGGGGGGGGGGGUUAGGGUGAAAGAAAGAUGGAAAAUCCUCCACAGCAGUUGGAAUCACAAGGACCUCUCGCUCCGACCGGAUCAGCAUGGCAAGAAGGGACCCGAGGUCGUGGAAUCGAACCGUGUAAACGGGUGUCACGCCCGUCUCCUGUCCCGCCCCCCCCCGACCCGCCUGCCCCCCCCGCCCCCUGCCUCCUCGCUACCGGAGGACGGCUCGGUCGCGGCGCUCCGAGUGGGGACUGCAACGCAGAAGGGAAAGGGCACGUAACCAUGGCUGCGAUGCAGAUAGCGCAGCUGGGCUCUGAUUGGGCCCGGUCACAGUCCUGUGUGCAGCGGCUAACUGGGCCCUAUUGGGACUGCUGUAGAGGUGUAGAGCCCCAGCUUGUGGAGCCAUUUUGUGUGCUCUCGUGCAUUUCAAGUGGAGAAUUCUACUUGCAGUAUCUGCACAACGGACCCCGAAAUUGCCUGCAAGUUACUGAAAUGAAAUGCCACCGUUUGAAGAAGAAAAAAAAAAACUAACCGUUUACAUUUGUCUGUUGAAAGUUUUUGAGACAUGUUUUCUUUUAGUCUCCAGUAACCCCAAGAGUUGGUCGGGACGUCGUGUUACUCUUAAAUCAUGAGUACGGCUCACACUUAUGCAUUUGGAAGCCGUAUUCAGGAAGUAGAUAGUUUUGUACACAAAAACAUGUCCUGGAUAUUUUUAGUUCUGGAGUCGUGUUGCCUUCAAUUUUGGUUAUCUAAAUUUGUAUCUUCUUUCUGUACUUAAAUAGCUAUGCAGAGAAUGUGACUUAUGAAUGAAGAUGCUUUUUCCACACUGUAAGAGUUUCUGUGUGUAUGUCUGAUGUAUCUGUGCACUGUUUUAACACGUUGUGUAUGUGUGUAUUCUCAGGGGUUUGUUUGUUUGUUUGUUUGUUUAUCACAGUCCUAAUGUAGCUUUCCUCUGCCCGUUCACAUUCAAGCAGAAUAGGAUUUUUCGGGAUUAGGAUUGUGCUAAAUGUCUUUUUCAUGUCUUUAAUUCACCUGCUGCAGAGAAACUAAAUAGCUUUUCUCCUUUUUUCUGGCAAAGCCUCGGCAGUGGAUCCAGAUUUCUAUAUUUUUGCUUUAAAUGUUUUUUUUUAAGGUUUUGUUGUCUAAUGGCUUUUGAUUUGCACAUAAUUUAGAUUUUUUUACACUUUGUCUUAAUUAUGUUUACUGUUGUUUCUGUGAGAAUGUUGAAUGACUUGGCAGGAGAAUCGUAGCAUGUUUUUGAGUACAUUAUGUGCUUUUUCUGAGACCCUUAUAGAAUAACAACCACAUACUCAAAGGGGUCAGAACUGUGGAUGAAACCAAUGUUACCACGUCAUAAGCUUUUUUUGAUGUUAGUUGAUGUUGUAGGUACGUGAUGAUGAAAAUGUUUGAGAAAUGACUUUUUGUAACAAUAAAUUAACUCUUUAAAAAGAAUACAAAUAA